CAACUUCCGUAAUCAGUCUAUAUUUAAAUAAUCGCAAAUUAAUUUGUGUCAAACCUUAUGCCAAAUGCAAUCUAUGCAAUAGUAACCUCUCGAGUCUAGACCGGACGUUGUAGCAUAGACAAGGAAUCACAACGGCCGCAAUUGUUAACCACGAUUCUAUCGCAACCCUUGAGCAGUAGUACCCGUGUGCUCAAGCCCAAUUGCUAACAAGGAUUCAUAGUUGAGCGGUUUCAUAUUAUAUAACGAAGCUAAAAUGUCCACUACGGAAUUGCCAGCUUUCGACAAGCGUGAUCUUCUGAUCAUAGUCGCAUUCUCAGUGGCAUGCGGAUGCCUCAAAGAGUUGCUGGCAUAUGUAUUUGUAUACAGAAGACCUGGAUUCAAAAAGAAAUUCGAAGAAGUACAGGAACGAUUCGAAGAGUACCACCGCACAUACGUAUUAUUCGAACCACGCACGGCUAACUACAACUGUUUCCAGGAUGUGAAUAAACGCCUACUCGACGCCUCAAACGAUAUACGCGGCUACCAAACAUGGUACAAUCUCAUCAACGGAGCCAUUUUCAUGCUGCUGAUGCUUUUGGUGAUGAGCUAUUUUGAAGGAUGCAUAAUUGCAAAACUGCCGUUUACACCAAUAUGGCCCAUCAGCUUAUUCACACAGGGCGAUGCCACCGGCAGUGAUGUUACCAGCUGCUCAGCAACAUGCCUUUACACAGUUCUGUCCAUGGUAUCAAAGGAUGCAUCGCAAAUGUUCCUAGGAUAUCGAUCACCAGUAACCACAUGGACAGAAAUUAACCUUAAAAGCAUGGCACAACAAGAAAAAUCGUCAUGAUAAAGUUAAUAAAACAAUUG